AACUGGGGACCAGCCAGUCAGUGUCAAAUCGUCGUCAAGGUUGAUGCGAAAAAAUCACGAAAACUGAAUCAAUCCUCAGACGGACAGUCAAUUACUCAACAUAUUGGAGUAUCACAUAGUCUUAUCACUUAAGCAACCACGUACCCAUUGCUCAUCCUCUGGACCACUUGAAUAACAUUCUAAUAGCUGAUAAUCUUUCGCACUUCACGGACGCAGAUCACUGUCCAAAUUGAAGCUCCUCUACACCUUAUCAGUUGCACACAUCAUCAUUCAAUCUUCAGCUGAGCGACUCUGCCGAAAAAGUAAGAGGAGGCUCUUGGUUACCGGAAUCUCAGCUUCAGUGAUAUUACUGCCAUCAGCAGGCUCAGUCGAGUUCGCGUUCGAGGGGGAUCCUGCCCGGAGGAAGCCUGGUCAUUACAUAAUCCAAUACUUGCAAGAGUCGGCUGGACAGCCCUUACGACUUAGUGAAUUGUGUUCGUAGAAAAUUAUUCAAAUUGCAUUGUGGUGCAGUUUCGAUUAGUUGAGUAAGAAUAAGAAUAACCCAAGUGGAAAAGGUUGAAUUCAUUACCGAUUCGAUUUCGCCGUGCAGUGUUCAUUCGACCCAGUACCUAAUACUUCUACAGAUAGCUUGCGUUAGAAAUCAGUGCAAACCUCAACCUCAAAGAAAUAUCCCGAAAAAAAGUGUCCAUCUCCUCUACUCAAAGUAGGCAUUGAUUGUGAUUUGCAUAAGGCAACUAGAACAAACGAAACGUUCAACAUGAAUCUACCUCGCGUCAACCUGGACGAGCCUCGUUACGACCAGAGCACGUACCUGAACCGAGCUAAGCACUUUUUGAUUGUGACCAACCCGCUGAAUGUGUUCGCCACCGAGGAGCAGUUGGACCGAGCCGCGCGCAUCGUUAAGGACUAUCGCGCGGGCAAACCGGUCCCGGAUGUCACCUCGGUUGAUGAACUAUGGGCCGCCAAGUACCUGUACGACAGUGCAUUCCAUCCGGACACCGGCGAGAAGAUGUUGCUCGUGGGCCGCAUGUCCGCCCAGGUCCCGAUGAACAUGACCAUCACCGGGUGCAUGAUGACCUUCUACAAGUCGACGCCGGCCGUCAUCUUCUGGCAGUGGAUCAAUCAGUCGUUCAACGCCCUGGUCAACUACACCAACCGGUCCGGCAAGUCGCCAAUCAGCCAGGAACAGCUGCUGACGUCGUACUGCAUGGCCACCGGUGGCGCCCUCGUGACUGCCCUCUCUCUCAACCGAAUGGUCCGGAAUGCACCGCCACUUGUUGGACGACUUGUGCCGCUGGCAGCCGUUGCCGCCGCGAAUUGUAUCAACAUUCCGCUGAUGCGCAUGCAAGAACUCCAAAACGGUGUCACCCUCAUCGAUGACGAUGGCAAAGAACUUGGACAGUCGGUACGUGCAGCCAAGGAGGGUAUCGCCGCCGUUACCUUCAGCCGUAUUUUGAUGGCAAUGCCUGGCAUGGUGUUCACACCGGUUCUAAUGAACACGCUGGAUAAGCGUGGCUUCCUCAAGCGCUUCCCGUGGGCCAACUCUCCCAUCCAGAUCCUGUUCUGUGGCUUCUGUCUGACAUUCGCCACUCCAUUGUGCUGCGCCCUGUUCAGCCAGAAGGCGUCCAUCAGUGUGGACAGCCUGGAGGGCGAACUGCGCGAGAAGAUCCGGAAGGACCGCCCGGAACUGAAGGUCGUCUACUACAACAAGGGCUUGUAAUUCCACCGACUGGUUGCCAUUCCGACUACAGGGUUUCACUGUAGAUAGGGCAUUUAAAAACUAACUAGGACAUGCCGAAUAUCGGAUGCAGGACACGGAACCGUGCAAGAGACAAUAAUUGCAGCAUUCUUUGCUGCCUGGCAUCUUUCGUUCUGAUUUUCCUGUUUGCGUUGUAGUAAUGUUAAGCGAAUAAUUGUUGUCUAAUUGAUAAAUCUGUGUAAUAGGUACAUCUGUCUAUACUCGUUUGAAAUGCUUUCGUGCCAUCUGUAAGGUGAAUUUCUGCUGGUCAAUCGAAAUAGAAGCACUAUUCCCGCCAAUUACAUUGCACAAACAGCCUUGAGGCAAACAAUAGAGGAUUAAAACAAUUAAACAGGACAAAAAGACAUAUUUACAAACAGUUUUUAAUAUUGAAAAAGAUCAUAACUUGUUGAUGGCAUGGUAACGAUUUUUAUAGGUUUUGUUAUUUUCAAAACGUUUGUAGAAUCUGUGUCU